ACUAUAAACGAUUCUGUCCUGUCAUAUUUCCUCAUCGGGAGUCGCAGAUAUUUACGUCACUGCGCGUCGUUCGCCGCGCAUGCGCGAGAAGCGUCGUCCGGCAACAGCAACGCCGCUUCUGCCUGUCGUCGCUCAGUUCGUUCUGAGAUACGAAACGGGUGGGGGCGUUGACGUCCGACCACGAAGUUAGUAAACGAAGCAACCACUUUCUCCCGUCUGUUUGCGAGCGGGAAUCAACGCAGUUUCAUCGGUUCAGUGAAACGGCGAUCGGACGGCGAAGAGUGUCAGAAAAUACGCGAACGACGAUGAUCGAAGGUAGCAGAUAGAUAGAUAGACGACGGGACGAGACCAAAGUGCGGGCACAGCUGUUUCGCGGAGAAGGGGAUCUCUCUCGAGCGAACAUAACGUCAGGACGAUUUGCGUCGAUCGAGAGACUUCAAGGGUUCGCGAAAAAAAAGCAGGGUGAAAAAAGAGGAGGAAAGGUUUUUAAAAAAACUGUACGAGUGUUUUCUCCUGAAAAAAAAAAAAAAAAAAAUGUGGCAUCCUGGCCGCGAGAGCAGAAGCAGCACCCAGAUGGAGGGACAUGUUACAGAGGACGGGAAGAAGCGCUUCGAGGAGGACGACGAGGCGGGCAACGUCGAUUCCGGGUUCCUGUCGAGCGGCAACCUGCAGUUCAGCGGCGAGAUCCGCGACUCGGGCUUACUUCUGCAGCAGGAGGAGCAACCUGGAAGGGAGGUGAAGAAGGAGGGAGCGACGAUUCCCGCGUCAGCGCCGGUGACGACGACCGCAUCAUCAUCGUCAUCAUCAUCGGCAGCGGCGGUCGCGGAGGAGCUAAUGAGGACGACCGACAGCGGUGUGGUCCUCGACCUCACCGACACCCUGAGCCAGCUCAGCUUGAAGCAGGUCAGCCUGAACCCGCUCGCUUCCAAGAGCGGAAAGCUGAUACAAGCCGCGGAGUCGACCAGUCCCGAGCUGUCACCUGUCACAGCGAACCUUGCCUUGUCAGACAGCGACACUUAUAAGCCGCAGCACCACGAUGAGGCACCCCUGUACGAGCAACUUGAACGGGAAACCAGCUACGAGGAACCUUGGCAGCUCUAUUAUACCCAGGACGACGACGGUGACACGCAAUUGCAUAUCGCGAUCGUCCAAGGCUUUGUGGAAGCUGCGCUCUGUUUAAUAAGAAUGGCCCCUGAUCCUUGCCUGUUGGACACCAUGAACGACGACUGGCAAUCGCCCUUACAUCUGGCAGUGUUGACACACCAACCACUGAUCGUCAGGCAUUUAAUCCUGGCAGGCGCGGAUCCAUCUCUGAGGAAUUUCCGUGGAAACACAGCUCUCCACCUGGCUUGCGCUUGCGGAGAUCUCGCUUGCGCGAAAGCUCUCACGGAUCCACUGUACCCGAUGGAGAGGAAUAAGCUGACUUUCGGGCAGCAAGUACCCGCCUUACCUCAAAAUUUGGAGCAACGAAACUAUAACGGCGAGAUGUGCUUGCACGUGGCGGCCGCGAACGGACACGCGGAUCUGGUGCGACUUCUGCUGCGCCUAGGCGCCGACAUCAAGGCAAAGGAGGGUCUGGCGGGUUACACGGCCCUUCAUCUAGCGGUGGAGCGCGAAUGUCGACCGGUGUUCGAGCUUCUGCUGCCGGAGUGUCAGCGAACCUCGUGUCUGGACGAGCGAACGUACCGCGGCACGACGGCCUAUCAGUUGACCUUGGACGCGCACAGCGGGUUCGCCAAGGAGGCCCGCAGGAAGCUGAUGCGUCACGGCGCGACCCCGGAACCGCUGCCGGAAUCGGAUUCCGAGAGCAGCGAGGACGAAGAUACGGAGAGGUCCUUGUGGACGGCGGAUUACCUGCCCGCGAUUGUCAAGGCGCAAACCACGGUCGGAGUGACUGUCUAAAAUCUAUUUCACCUCGGUCAGUAAUCUAUUCAUUAAUUCAUUCGGCGUCUUUGGGCGCCAGAUAGUCGGUUGGAGAGAAGAUAGAAAGAGUGCGCGCUGCGAAGAUCUCUCUCAAAUCGCGUCUCUGCGGAAUCAUUUUAAUUUAUUAGUCGAAUUAAGGCGAUAACUUUUAUACAGUGAAUAAAAAAAACUCUUGUCAGGUAAGAAAAAAAUUAUGAAAGUACGUCUCGCGGCUCUCUUAUCUUUCGUAUAAAGUUAUCUUGAGUUUGUGAAAUUAUCUUAAUUAAUGGGACGAAGUUGUUAAGCGAAUGAUAAUUACUGUUUGGACAGAAAAAUUGGAUUUGUUAAAUUAUUAAAAUUGCAGCUCGAAUUUUGACGCGCUGGACGACGUCAUAUUGAUAUAUUGAAAAGACAUCGGGAUAAAUAAUUGGAAUGAAAAAUGGUAGAUAAAAAAUGCAUUUGGCGUAUGAUAAUGGUUUUGUGCAUCUAAUGCACAAGUAAAUUCAGUGUCUUCGAAACUUUGUAACGUCACCUUAAUCUGCUGGAUGGAUUAAGAUUCAUAAUGAAAAGUGAAAGGAUUCGCCAGCUAAACAAAUAGGAAAUAAAACGAGAUUGUUACAUAACAUACAUAUAAUGCGCGAGCAUAGAAACGAGGCACAAGUAUUACUACUAUAUAGUAGACUGUAUACGGUUUUUUAAAUCGAUAUCGGCAGCAAUAUGUGCAAGUUGAGGGAUGAAUGAAUGAACGAACGAGUAUCUCAGUUCGAAAUCGAGGAUCUCAGAAACGAACUUACAACGAACUAUAUCCGAUUACGAACGAAGCGACAAUACGUAGGCGCGAGCUAUCCCAGCUCCGGUCGUUCGCUUUUCCCCUUUGUAAGUAAUCCUUAGCGAGCCGUGCUAGACAAGCAGCAGUGUUCCGAGUGUUGUACAGAGUGUUCCAAGAAAGGCUGUACAAAUAAUACAAAGGACAGCGUAUAUUUUAACGAGAAUGUUUGAACGUAGCAUCUGAUGAACAAUAGGUGUAUCAGUUCUGAGAGACGUGUGUUAGUUGUGACGAAGCGAGAAUGGAAUAUUUGUGCUUAGCCAAUAGCGAUACUUUACGGUUGUAAAUAGAGGAGUACGUUUUCGCGAAUCCGCGAAUAUUCUUGAAGAAAAAUCUCGUUACAGAGAUCAUA